AAUAAAAUGAAAAUCCAAACGAUAGAUACCGAUCUAUCAAAUUAUAGCACGCUAUGAACAUAAGUCAUUAAGUGUAAAUAUUUAAAAUCACGUCACAAAAACCUGAUAACAAAGACGUGGCACAUCUCAGUCAGGAAGAUUUUUGUCAUCUUCAAAAUUUUAAAACAUAUGCGUUCAUAAGAUAUACAUGACGAUCACUUUUAAAUCAGACAAUAUUUUUUAAUAUCUGUUAAGCGUCGCCGUAAUUGCUCUCCUUGUUGUGGACUAAUCCUAUUACUUCAUUCAUUAAACCGCACUAUAUAAAAAUAUUAGCCUUCUUGUUACAUAUAUAAAGAUUACACACAAACUGCAUUCAGUUUAUAAAGUCAAGCACAGUUCGACGUGGACACUUACAAAUUCUAACAAAGACCAUAAAUUCGAAGCACUACCAUUUUUCUUAUAACAUUUAACAAAAUAGCUCAAAUAUUCCGUAAAAAAUUUAAAUUAAAAUAAAAAAUUAAAAAGUUAUUAAUUUGACGUAAAAUGGUUGUGGCGGUUCAGGUUUUGCGACUACUUUGGAUUAGCCUUAUGUUAGUCUCGCAUACAAAAGAGUGCAUCAAACUUCUUAAUCGUAAUUGGAAACAAAAAACACCUGCCGAAAGAACUAAAGAUGCCGAAUUCGUUUUGACUGCUAAGAUCUUGUACACAACUCCAUCACCACGCUAUCCGCAAUUUUAUUCUGCAACAUUUGAAGUCUUAAACGUGCUCAAAGGAUGGGAAUUGAUAAAAAGACUUCAUAAUAAAAAAAGUACUUCUAUUAUAAGCUUGGAUCCAAAAAUUAUUGCGACUGCAAAUGGUUUUAGUGACAGCUUUCAACUCUGUUUUUCUUCCGUUGAAGUAGGAAAAACAUAUGCACUUUUUCUUGGGUACAAACGAGAAACCUAUGAGCUUGUAGCAAAGUAUGAUGAUCUCUUUGGUGCUGCAGAACAACUUUACAAACGUACAGAAAAAGAUAUUUUGGAGUCCUUAGGUUGGCGCAGUUGGAACGCUUGGACAAGUUGCAACAAACAAUGUGAUACAGGAAUUCAGACACGCACACGCUCGUGUUUAAAAGAAUCGCACAGUUUUUGUCAUGGUCUAUCCGAAGAAAAAAGAGAAUGCAAUACAUUUUCAUGUCUCACUUCAAAAGAUGCUUUAUUAAUUAUGAAAAAUUUAAGAGAAGAAUCAAAAAUAUUUGCUGAUCAAUGGAAAGCUCGAGAUGAAGCUUCUAGUAACACAAAAAAGAAAUCAGAUGUUCUUUCCGCUCCUUUCAAUUUUUUGUUUCCAGAUCAAUUCCCUAUUUCAAAUGUUCUUCAUAUAACUUUUAAAGGUCCGGUGAAGGACUCUCAAUUCAUUUUUAGCAUAUACAGCGCAAAUAAUAAGAUGAUAAUGGGAAUAAAAGUUUCGCCAUUUCAAUUUACCAUUGAAUAUGAUCAAGUCAUUAACAAUGCCGUUAACAUUCGACAUAGCAAUCCGUUCCAUUAUAGUUUUAUUCAAGAAAUGCUGUAUACUCUAGCAUUUGUAAUGAAUCAUGAAAACGUACGGUUUUCAAUAAAUUGCGAAGAAUUACACAUAAGCUCAUUGGAAGACGAACUGUUUCGUGACGCAGAUAUAUUCGGCAGUAUUUUUAUUGGCGCUGGUGAAGAUGCAGGAGAGGAAAGCAUACCAAAAGUGGAGGUUUCUCAUGUAUCUUUUUCAAGCGAUAGUGAAAGCAGAUGGCGUCAAUGUGGAAAAAUUAUUCUUGAACGACCGCAAAGAAGCUAUGACGCAAAAGGCUCUGGAUCGGAUAUUUUAAACGACGGAAGUGGAGCCAAUAACUUUGAUGGUGAUGAUGAAAAUGAUGACGAUGAUUAUGAAGACAAUUUCGACGAUGAUUAUAACGAUGAAGAUGAAAAAGAAAGCAAAAACUACAAAAAAACAGGUUCUGGAAAUGGAAAAGAAUGUUUAUGUCAAAACAACGGUAAGUGCAAAGAAGAUGGUACUUGCACGUGCCAAAAUGGAUGGAAUGGCGAUUUGUGUGAACUACCAAUAUGUAUACUCCCAUGUCUUAAUGAAGGUAAUUGUUCAAAGCCAAAUACUUGCACAUGCAAAGCCGGCAUCAGCGGAAAUUAUUGCCAAUUGAGCGAAUGUUCUUAUCCUUGCGUACACGGGGUAUGUGUUGGACCAAACCAAUGUCGAUGUGAACUAGGCUUUUCUGGUUUACAAUGCGAUAAAUCAACAUGUGAGAAUUUGUGUCUUAACGGGGGAACAUGUGUGGACAAUGUAAGCUGUAAAUGUCCAGCUGGAUUCAAGGGCGCUCGAUGUGAGGAAACCGAUAAAUGUCGGCGUUAUUACACUAAGUUGGUAACGUAUUCCAAGCUUUUAACGCAAUACGUAGAAAAACUUGAAACGAUUCCAUGCACUGACAAUGAAAAUACUCUGUGUACAAGAAAAAGAUUAGUUUCACAAGUUAUCAACAAAGUAUUUUACAGACCAGAGUAUGUUUGUGAUUGAUGAAAAGAAUAUUUAGUAAAUUGGAAUUUCAAAGCAUUGCUUUUAAGCAUUCUGAAAGCAUAUCAAAGUUUUGUUAUGAAGCAUUCUAAAUAAUUUUAAGAGAUUCGAUAAGAUUUCAACCAAGGGAUGCCCACCAGAAAAAAACAGAAAGACAAAAUGGCUAUGUACAUGCUUUUUAUAUUACAUGUUUUACAUGAAAAACUCCGAGAAAUUAA